AGGCGGGGCGGGCUCGGUGCCGGUGCCGGUCGGGCCAUGGCGGAGCCGAGCGCGGCGGCCCCGAUUUAUCCUCGCCCUGCAUGGUUUGAAACAGCAGGCUCAGAGCGAGAAAUCUCCAAUCAAUAAUGCAGGGCCCUGUUUCCAACAACAUUUCUGACCUGGAGGAACUGGGACUGCGGCAGCUUUUCCAGUGAGGAGGGCGGGGAGGCGGCAGCAGCGCCAUGGCCGAGAAGUGCGACUGCCUGGCCAGCAUGUACGGCUACGACCUGGGCUGCCGCUUCGUCAACUUUCGCCCGCUGGGCUUCGGGGCCAACGGGCUGGUGCUGUCGGCGCUGGACAGCCGCAGCUGCCGCAAGGUGGCCGUCAAGAAGCUGACGCUGGGCGACGCGCGCAGCCUGAAGCACGCCUUCCGAGAGAUCAAGAUCAUCCGCCGCCUGGACCACGAGAACAUCGUCAAGGUGCACGAGGUGCUGGGCCCCAAGGGCGCCAGCCUGCGCGGGGACCUGUUCAAGUUCAACGUGGUGUACGUGGUGCAGGAGUACAUGGAGACGGACCUGGCGCGGCUGCUGGAGCAGGGCAAGCUGGCCGAGGAGCACGCCAAGCUCUUCAUGUACCAGCUGCUGCGCGGGCUCAAGUACAUCCACUCGGCCAACGUCCUGCACCGCGACCUCAAGCCCGCCAACAUCUUCAUCAGCACCGAGGACCUGGUGCUGAAAAUCGGCGACUUCGGCCUGGCCAGGAUCGUGGACCAGCACUACUCGCACAAGGGGUACCUCUCUGAAGGCUUGGUGACCAAGUGGUACCGCUCCCCCCGCCUGCUGCUGUCGCCCAACAACUACACCAAAGCCAUCGACAUGUGGGCAGCUGGCUGCAUCCUGGCCGAGAUGCUCACCGGGAGGAUGCUCUUCGCUGGGGGCCACGAGCUGGAGCAGAUGCAGCUGAUUCUGGAGACCAUCCCUGUGGUCCACCAGGAGGACAAGGAGGAGCUGCUGAAGGUGAUGCCCAUGUUCAUCAACAGCACGUGGGAGGUGCGGAAGCCGCUGCGCACGCUGCUGCCCGAGGUGGACAGCGAAGCCAUCGAUUUUCUGGAGAAGAUCCUGACGUUCAACCCCAUGGACCGGCUGACGGCCGAGAUGGGGCUGCAGCACCCCUACAUGAGCCCCUACUCGUGCCCCGAGGACGAGCCCGUGUCCCAGCACCCCUUCCGCAUCGAGGACGAGAUCGACGACAUCCUGCUGAUGGAGGCCAGCCAGAGCCACAUGUCCACCUGGGACAGGUACCACAUCAGCCUGUCCUCCGACCUGGACUGGCGGCACGACAGGCACGGCGACAUGGACGAGGUGCAGCGCGACCCCCGCGCGGGCUCGGAGGGCGCGGCCGAGGAGGCGCAGGUGGACCCGCGGAAAUACUCGCAGAGCAGCUCGGAGCGGUUCCUGGAGCUGUCCCACUCCUCCAUGGACCGCGUGUUCGACGCCGACUGCGGCAGGUCCUGCGACUACAAAGUGGGGUCGCCCUCCUACCUGGACAAGCUGCUGUGGAGGGACAGCAAGCCCCACCACUACUCGGAGCCCAAGCUGAUCCUGGAUUUAUCCCACUGGAAAAGGGCAGCCAUAGCGCCCGCCGCCGAGCUGGCGCUGGAAGAGGAGCCGUCCAACCUGUUCCUGGAGAUCGCCCAGUGGGUGAAGAGCACGCAGGCGGGGCUGGAGUGCCCCGGCUCCCUGCCCGAGGUGCAGGAGAGCAGCCUGCCCUCCUCUCCCCACCGCCUGCACCCCGAGCCCGCCCAGGUGGGCGGCGAGACCGACCCCGACUUCGACCUGGACGUCUUCAUCUCCAGGGCGCUCCAGCUGUGCGCCAAGCCCGAGGAUCUCCCGGACAACAAGCUCAACGAGAUCAACGGGGCCUGCAUCUCGGAGCACCCCGGGGACAUGGUGCAGGCAGAGGUGUUCCAGAAGGAGCGGUGGUGAGGGGCCCCGAGCCCCGCUCCUCCUCCUCCUCCUCCUCCUCUCACUGCCCAGGGCUCCGCCGAGCGUCCCCUCCUCACACGGUACCAAAUGCCUUUUUGGGGAAAGGCAAGCACAAGCCACACGCCCCUUUGAUGCCUUGGAAGUGCUUCUGAGGGGGUCGGGAGGAGCGAGCGAGGUGCUGAGUUCCUUACACUGCCUUAACAAUCUUGCCUUGCGAUCUCUGGGACCUGUCUGAAGCUUCAGUGUUCGAGGGGAAAAUGACAGAACGUGGUAGGUUUACAGACAGUAGUCAGAUCAACUACUUUUCCUUUCUUUUUCUACAGCAGCUUGAAGUGACAAGGACAAAAUUAACGUUUUCAGUGUGGUCAGAUACCCUCCUGGCUGGUUCCCAAAACUUUGAGCCCUUCUGAGGCACCUGUGUGAGUACAGGUAUGGAAUAAAGUGAUGCCAGCCAUCAGCCAGCAGAGAAUGGAACUAGAGGUAGAAUUUGGCCAUCAGACAAAAAAAUAACUCUCUGAGAAUGUUAAUGGGGAAGAAAUUUGACCUACAAAGUAUGGGCCAUUGGGGAUUUGUUUGUUGUUUUUCUUUUCCAGGGAGAAGACAAAAUUUUUGCUAAGUGCAUUUUGCUGGUUUGUGGCUUCUGACACCAAAAGCUUCCGUGGCGCUGCAGGGGGUGCAGCAGGGGAUGCACGGGGAUCUGAGCUCUCUUUGGAGAGCCGUGUGAUGCAUUUCAGUGUGGCACCCUGGUGCUGCCAGCGCUGCCCGUCAGAGCAGCAAACCCCAGCUUGGAGUGAGGGCUGGGCGGGAGCUGGAGGUGCCACCAGCCACACGGAGCCAGCAAGGACUCUGCUCCUGGAGGAGGAGCUGGAGUGGAGCUGGCUUCCCUUCUGACAGAGACCACCUUCUGUGGUGUCAGACUCCUGGCUGGCCACCUUGCUCCCAGCGGGAAACUGUGUGUAAAUAGAUGAAGACACGGCUGAUCUACUGUAACUUCUGUUCUCAUCCACACUUCCGAGCACCUUAAUAAUUAAUCAGCUAACGAGAGUUUGUAUAGGGGAGAAAUGUUCUGUACUUAUAUUUAAUCCAGCUGGGCAGCUUUUUAAAGAUGUGUAAAUAGUGCCACACCAGACAGUCUCUGCUCUCCUCGCCAUCCUGCUGCUGUGCUGCCCAGCACAGGGGCUCUGCUCACCUUUGUAAAAGAGAAACUGCUGUGUUCAGUACUGCAAGGCCCGUAUUUAACUACUCCUGUGUGAAUUAUUUCUGCCCUUCUAACAAGCAAUCCGCUCCGUGCUCUGAGAUGUGAAGAAAUCCCACGUGGGGCUCCCAUAACUAGCAGCAGUGUUCCCUGUCCUAGCCCUGGUUUCUGUUCUUGCUGGGACCAGGCGCAGGUUUAGCUGUAGCAGGCCUUGACAAGCCCAGAAAUGUGAUUUUGCUGUGAAGAUCUCACACCAGGGUGAUGGAAAUGCUGCUGUGGCUGAUCAGCAGCGUGGGUGGGAUGGGGUGCAAGUCCAGGGCUGGACAUGGCACCUGCAAGGCUCAGAAAGGAAAAGCCAUUGGUCUCCAGUCUUUGCUUUGAGCAUUGGGACGUGCUCCAGAGGGGUUCAGAGAGGGGAAAUGGGGCAGAAACAGAGGUUUGGUGUCUGCUGUGUUGCAGAUGGUUGAUAUACCUCAGCUAAAGCUCAGCACUUUCACUGGUGGUGGGGGCAGAGCUCAGAGCCACAGGAUGGGAGCAGAGCUCAGAGCUCAGAGCCAAGGAUGGAGCAGAGCUCAGAGCCACAGGAUGGGAGCAGAGCUCAGAGCUCAGAGCCAAGGAUGGGAGCAGAGCUCAGAGCUCAGAGCCACAGGAUGGAGCAGCUCUGGUCAGAGCUCAGAGCCAAGGAUGGGAGCAGAGCUCAGAGCUCAGAGCCACAGGAUGGAGCAGAGCUCAGAGCCACAGGAGAGGAGCAGAGCUCAGAGCCACAGGAUGGAGCAGAGCUCAGAGCUCAGAGCCAAGGAUGGAGCAGAGCUCAGAGCUCAGAGCCAAGGAUGGAGCAGAGCUCAGAGCUCAGAGCUACAGGAUGGAGCAGAGCUCAGAGCUCAGAGCCAAGGAUGGAGCAGAGCUCAGAGCUCAGAGCCACAGGAUGGAGCAGAGCUCAGAGCCAAGGAUGGGAGCAGAGCUCAGAGCCACAGGAUGGAGCAGAGCUCAGAGCUCAGAGCCACAGGAUGGAGCAGAGCUCAGAGCUCAGAGCCACAGGAUGGAGCAGCUCUGGUCAGAGCUCAGAGCCAAGGAUGGGAGCAGAGCUCAGAGCCACAGGAUGGAGCAGAGCUCAGAGCUCAGAGCCAAGGAUGGAGCAGCUCUGGUCAGAGCUCAGAGCCAAGGAUGGGAGCAGAGCUCAGAGCUCAGAGCCAAGGAUGGAGCAGAGCUCAGAGCCACAGGAUGGAGCAGAGCUCAGAGCUCAGAGCCACAGGAAGGGAGCAGAGCUCAGAGCUCAGAGCCAAGGAUGGAGCAGCUCUGGUCAGAGCUCAGAGCCAAGGAUGGGAGCAGAGCUCAGAGCUCAGAGCCACAGGAUGGAGCAGCUCUGGUCAGAGCUCAGAGCCAAGGAUGGGAGCAGAGCUCAGAGCUCAGAGCCAAGGAUGGAGCAGAGCUCAGAGCUCAGAGCCACAGGAUGGAGCAGCUCUGGUCAGAGCUCAGAGCCACAGGAUGAGAGCAGAGCUCAGAGCCACAGGAUGGGAGCAGAGCUCAGAGCUCAGAGCCAAGGAUGGAGCAGCUCUGGUCAGAGCUCAGAGCCACAGGAUGGGAGCAGAGCUCAGAGCUCAGAGCCAAGGAUGGAGCAGCUCUGGUCAGAGCUCAGAGCCACAGGAUGGAGCAGAGCUCAGAGCUCAGAGCCACAGGAUGGGAGCAGAGCUCAGAGCUCAGAGCCAAGGAUGGAGCAGCUCUGGUCAGAGCUCAGAGCCACAGGAUGGAGCAGAGCUCAGAGCUCAGAGCCACAGGAUGGGAGCAGAGCUCAGAGCUCAGAGCCAAGGAUGGAGCAGAGCUCAGAGCUCAGAGCCACAGGAUGGAGCAGCUCUGGUCAGAGCUCAGAGCCACAGGAUGGAGCAGAGCUCUGAGCCAAGGAUGGAGCAGCUCUGGUCAGAGCUCAGAGCCACAGGAGGGGAGCAGAGCUCAGAGCCAAGGAUGGGAGCAGAGCUCAGAGCCAAGGAUGGAGCAGAGCUCAGAGCUCAGAGCCACAGGAUGGAGCAGCUCUGGUCAGAGCUCAGAGCCACAGGAUGGAGCAGCUCUGGUCAGAGCUCAGAGCCAAGGAUGGAGCAGAGCUCAGAGCUCAGAGCCAAGGAUGGAGCAGAGCUCAGAGCUCAGAGCCAAGGAUGGAGCAGCUCUGGUCAGAGCUCAGAGGCACAGGAGGGGAGCAGCACAGCCACAGCACCCUCUGGAAGCUCUCCUGGCAGAGGGAACGGCCCUUUGCUGCCCUGGGCUGGACCCCAGAGCUCAGCCUGGUCACUCCACGCCAGCGCUCGCCUCGCUGGGGUCGGUGGCCACGUCCCUGAAACCAGAACCCAUUUCCAUGGGCUGCUAUUCUUCUGCAGAGGCCUGCGGGGCUAUUGAAAAAAAAAAACCAGUUCUGCUUUUGAGUGUUGUCUUGCAGGCCCACAGCUGAAGUGUGAAGCUGACUCCAAGCUGCCACCACUCUGGAUUUUCCAUCUCGCUUCGUGAGCUCUGGUUCAAUGUUCUUCUAAAACCUCAGCGCCACGUGCUGGGGAAUGGGGAUAAGAGGGAUGGCUUUAAUUUGUUACCUGAGUGUGCUUAGCUGACCACAAGCCAGAUCUGUCUCUCAUUUACAGAAAUAAAGGCCUGAGCCUUC